GUUCCUAGGCAGGAGAAGCAAAAGAAGAUAUUGUCUGCGAGUUCAGUCAUCCAAAAAAGCUUCUUCCAUAUGGAGGGACCGGGUGCGCCCGGCGCGGCGUCCCCUGCCUUGUCCUGCUGCCGCCGCCGCCGCGGGCCCCGCUUCCUGCCGCGGGGACCCUGAGCCCGGCCCGCGGUGUCAGCCGCGCGCGCGCACACACACAAGCGCACACACACACACACGCGCGCGCGCACACACACACACUCACACACACACACUCACACACACUCACAAUCACGCCCGCCGCAGCCGCACGCGCCCGCACGCGCCCUCGCUCCCGGCCCGCACUCCGGGCUCCUUUGUUGCUCCCGCCGCGGCGCUCUCCGGUGCUGCGCGUUGCUGCGUGUCACUGUGCGGGUUGCGUGUCCGCGCGGUGCGGUGCUGUGGGGCUCUCUCCGCGCUCACCACGCUGGCCCCGGGCCGGCUCUCCCUUCCCAGGAGCCGGCUGCACCAGAGUCCCAGCACAAGCUUCCUGAAACCCGUGACCCAUGAAGUCUUGUCGACACUCACACCGGCUGAUGGCAGCAGCAGCAACGAAAUAGAAGAAACAGAGUGCUGUAGAGGAUUGCAGAAUCUCUGGGAGUGACUGGUGGCUUAUGGGACGUUGGCUUCGGACGCUUUGUCACACACCUGCCGCGUGGGACGAUGGCGACUCAGAGAGGAAGGAGGCCCGCGGUCACGCUCACCUGCCUCCUCUUGGCCACAGCCGGCUGUUUCGCUGACCUGAACAAGGUGCCUCAGGUCAGCGUGCAGCCUCCCUCCACGGUCCAGAAGCUCGGGGGAACUGUGAUCCUGGGCUGCGUGGUGGAGCCGCCGGGGAUGAGCACCACCUGGCGCCUGAACGGGAGGGAGCUGAACGGUUCCGAUGAUGCCCUGGGCGUCCUCAUCACCCGCGGGACGCUCGUCAUCACCGCCCUCAGCAACCGCACGGUGGGACGGUACCAGUGUGUGGCCCGGAUGCCUGCGGGGGCCGUGGCCAGCGUGCCAGCCACGGUGACACUAGCCAAUCUCCAGGACUUCAAGUUAGACGUGCAGCAUGUGAUUGAAGUAGAUGAGGGGAACACGGCGGUCAUUGCCUGCCACCUUCCUGAGAGCCACCCAAAAGCCCAGGUCCGAUACAGUGUCAAACAAGAGUGGCUGGAGGCAUCCAGAGGUAACUACCUGAUCAUGCCUUCGGGGAACCUCCAGAUCGUGAACGCCAGCCAGGAGGACGAGGGGAUGUACAAGUGCGCUGCCUACAACCCGGUCACCCAAGAAGUGAAGACCUCAGGCUCCAGUGACCGGCUGCGCGUGCGCCGCUCCACGGCCGAGGCCGCCCGCAUCAUCUAUCCGCCAGAGGCCCAGACCAUCAUCGUCACGAAAGGCCACAGUCUCAUCCUGGAGUGUGUGGCCAGUGGGAUCCCGCCUCCGCGGGUCACCUGGGCCAAGGAUGGGUCCAGUGUCUCCGGUUAUAACAAGACGCGCUUCCUGCUGAGCAACCUCCUCAUCGACACCACCAGCGAGGAGGACUCGGGGACCUACCGCUGCAUGGCCGACAACGGGGUCGGGGAGCCUGGGGCGGCGGCCAUUCUCUACAACGUCCAGGUGUUUGAACCCCCCGAGGUCACUGUGGAGCUGUCCCAGCUGGUCAUCCCGUGGGGCCAGAGUGCCAAGCUCACCUGUGAGGUGCGCGGGAACCCCCCGCCCUCAGUGCUGUGGCUGAGGAACGCCGUGCCCCUCACCCCCAGCCAGCGCCUCCGGCUGUCCCGUAGGGCCCUGCGCGUGGUCAGCGUGGGGCCUGAGGACGAGGGCGUCUACCAGUGCAUGGCCGAGAACGAAGUUGGCAGUGCCCACGCCGUGGUCCAGCUGAGGACCGCCAGGCCAGGCACAACCCUGAGGCCAUGGCCCGAUGACAGGCUGGACACUGCCACACCUCCCGUGCCACCCUCCAGACCAAGAAGCCCCGACCAGAUACUGAGGGGGCACCCAGGGCUCCCGAGGCCUCCAACGUCGGUGCAGCCAGCUUCCCCGCAGUGCCCUGGAGAGAAAGGGCCGGUGGCGCCCGCCGAGGCACCCGUCAUCCUCAGCUCACCCAGGACCUCCAAGACUGACUCUUACGAGCUCGUGUGGCGGCCUCGGCAUGAGGGUGGCAGCCGGGCACCGAUCCUCUACUAUGAGGUGAAACACCGCAAGCAGGUCACAAACACCUCUGAUGAUUGGACCAUCUCUGGCAUCCCAGCCAACCAGCACCGCCUGACCCUCACCAGACUGGACCCCGGGAGCUUAUAUGAAGUGGAGAUGGCAGCUUACAACUGUGCAGGCGAAGGCCAGACAGCCAUGGUCACCUUCCGAACGGGUGAGGGACGGCGGCCCAAACCUGAAAUCAUGGCCAGCAAGGAGCAGCAGAUCCAGAGAGAUGACCCUGGAGCCAGCCCCCAGAGCAGCAGCCAGCCAGACCACGGCCGCCUCUCCCCCCCAGAAGCUCCAGACAGGCCCACCAUCUCCAUGGCCUCAGAGACAUCAGUGUUUGUGACCUGGAUCCCACGUGGGAAUGGUGGGUUCCCGAUCCAGUCCUUCCGUGUGGAAUACAAGAAGCUGAAGAAAGUGGGGGACUGGAUGCUAGCCACCAGCGCCAUCCCUCCGUCCAGGCUCUCAGUGGAGAUCACAGGCCUAGAGAAAGGCACCUCCUACAAGUUCCGAGUCCGGGCUCUGAACAUGCUGGGGGAGAGCGAGCCCAGUGCCCCCUCCCAGCCGUACGUGGUGUCGGGCUAUAGCGGCCGUCUCUAUGAGCGGCCCGUGGCGGGCCCGUACAUCACCUUCACCGACGCUGUCAAUGAGACCACCAUCAUGCUCAAGUGGAUGUAUAUCCCAGCAAGUAACAACAACACCCCCAUCCAUGGCUUCUACAUCUAUUACCGGCCCACGGACAGUGACAACGACAGUGACUACAAGAAGGACAUGGUGGAAGGGGAUAGGUAUUGGCACUCCAUCAACCACCUGCAGCCGGAGACCUCCUAUGACAUUAAGAUGCAGUGCUUUAAUGAGGGCGGCGAGAGUGAGUUCAGCAACGUGAUGAUCUGUGAAACCAAAGCUCGGAAGUCUGGUCAUCCUGGCGGACUCCCGCCCCCAACUCUGGCUCCACCUCAGCCGCCACCCCCUGAAACCAUGGAGCGGCCGGUGGGCACGGGGGCCAUGGUGGCACGCUCCAGCGACCUGCCCUACCUGAUUGUGGGGGUCGUCCUGGGCUCCAUCGUCCUCAUCAUCGUCGCCUUCAUCCCCUUCUGCUUGUGGAGGGCCUGGUCCAAGCAGAAACAUACAACAGACCUGGGUUUUCCUCGAAGUACCUUGCUGUCCUCCUCCUGCCAGUACACUAUGGUGCCGCUGGGAGGACCUCCCAGCCACCGAGCCCACGGGCAGCCCUACCUCAGCGGCACCAACGGACGGGCCUGUGCCAAUGGGGGGCAUGUGGGCCGGGGCUGCCCUGCGCCUGCCAUGGCCCACCCAGGCGUGAAGCCUCCGCUGCACUGUCCCGGGGCACGGCCGCAGCAGGACGACACCAACCACCUCCGGAGGCAGGCCGCUCCUGGCGAUGGGCAUGCCGCCCACAGUGCCCCGCCUCCCAGGGGAGCCAAGGCCAACCCAGACGAGGCCUCUUUCCUGUACACACUGCCUGGCGCCUCAACGCACCAGCGGCUGCAGACCCACCAGGACCGCCACCCCCUCCAGCAGCAGCCUGCUCCAGCCAGCCAGCCCGGGAUGAGGCGAGGACCCCAGAAUCUGGGGCUGGAAGCGACAUGGGACCCUCUUUUUCACCCAGGCCCCCCGUGCUGCUUGGGCCUGGCACCGGUUGAGGAAGUGGACAGUCCUGACACUUGCCAAAUGGGUGGAGGAGAGUGGUGCCCCCAGCACCCCACGGGGACUCACGGAGGACAGGAGCCCGGGAGGCAGCUCUCCCCCAGCCCACCAGUGCACAUAUCUUUUGAAACACCACCCCCCAUCAUUUAGGCAGAAGCCAGUAUUCCAGAAAGACUAUUAUCGUUUUUAAAGAGACAGAGGAAAUUGGUAUUUAUUUUUCUAUAAUAGCCAUAUUUAUAUAUUUAUGCACUUGUAAAUAAAUGUAUAUGUGUUGUUAUAAUUCUGGAAAGACAUAGGGACUCCUACCCAUGGAGGUAUGAGAGGUUAAACAAAAAAGCCACCACAUACCAGGAGCAAACCAGGAAAGAGGAGCACGGACUGGCCAGCACCCAGACCGAGGAGGCGGCUCAGAACCUCUGCCCGGCCCGGGAGGCUGCAGAGGCCCAGAGAGCAGCCGCCCGAGGGAAGACUCCCGCCCACUGUGCGUGAGGAGCGCGCGGGUAACGCAGAGGCCAGGGGCGCACAGGCUGCAGACACCUGUGAAGACGGCCAGCUCUGGUGCUACAGGCAAGGUCUCCAGAAGACGCCCGUGAGAACAGACUCAGAUGUGUAUAGUACUAUAAGCAUUAACAGACCUUCCAGAAUCAAUAAUCCGCGGCAACAUCGCUCUGUAAAAACAAACACUGUAACUUCUAAAUAAAUGUUUAGUCUUCCCUGUAA